ACGUGUUUGACUAGGUCGCCACCCCAUCCAAUACGAUUGCUCUGACAACUUUAGAAUAGAAACACAAAUAGACGCCUUCUUUGAAUUUAAAAAAACACAAAGCAAGCACUCAUUUAAAUCUCUGCAGCAGCCUCCACCUUCACCAUCGCAACAUGGCCACCAUCCAGUGCGCCGCGACCACCAUACUCCUCCUCCUCCUCUUCACAUCCUCCAUCCCAAAAUCACACUCCCAACAAGAGUACGUAAACAACAAGCAACUAGACUGCGACAACGAAUUCAACUCCACAAAAGGAAACAUCUGCAACGGUGUUUCUACCUCUUGCACUUCAUACCUCACCUUCAAAUCAUCCCCACCCGAAUACGCUACACCCUCCUCCAUCUCAUACCUCCUCAAUUCCACCCCCUCCCUCAUCGCCGCCGCCAACAACAUCACCGACGUCGAGUCCGUCGCCGCCGACACCCUCCUCACCGUGCCCAUCAACUGCUCCUGCUCCGGCCCCUACUACCAGCACAACGCCUCCUACUCCAUCAAGAUCCUAGGCGAAACCUACUUCACCAUCGCCAACAACACCUACCAGUCCCUCACCACGUGUCAAGCCCUCAGGGCCCAAAACCGCUUCAACGAUCGCAACCUCACCAAAGGUCUCAACUUGCACGUGCCCCUCAGGUGCGCCUGCCCCACGGAGAAACAGCGGCAAGCAGGCUUCAACUACUUGCUCACGUAUUUGGUCUCUAAGGGGGAAUCCAUUUCUUCCAUUGGAGAAAUUUUCGGCGUCGAUGAACAGAGCAUUCUCGACGCAAAUGAACUUUCUGCAAACUCCGUUAUUUUCUACUUUACACCCAUUUCAGUUCCUUUGAAGACAGAGCCACCCGCGAAAAUACAGAGAGGAGCAACUCCGCCGGAGGAUUCUCCGCUGCCGCCGCCGCCGCCUCCGGCAGCGGACGGAGAUUCUGACUCUUCCAAGAAAUGGGUCAUUGUAGGAAUCGUGGUUGGGGUUGUUCUGUUGCUUCUUGUGGGUGUUGCUCUGUUUUUCCUCUGCCGGAGGCAGAGGAAAAAGAAAAACGAAGCAACACCACCGGCGAAGCCUUUCUCGGCUUCUACCACGACGGAGACAAGUAAAAAGGUGUUGGAUUCUAUUCCAACGUCGCAAUCAUGGUCUCUUUCUUCGGAAGGAGUUCGCUACAUGAUUGAGUCGGUGAGUGUGUACAAGUUCGAGGAGUUGCAGCAGGCGACGGGGUUCUUCAGUGAAGAGAAUAAGAUAAAGGGUUCUGUUUAUAGGGCUUCUUUCAAGGGUGAUCAUGCUGCGGUGAAGGUUCUCAAAGGGGAUGUGUCUGGCGAGAUUAACAUUCUGAAGAGGAUUAACCACUUCAACAUUAUAAGGUUGUCUGGUUUUUGUGUUUACAAAGGCGACACUUAUCUUGUGUACGAGUUCGCGGAGAAUGAUUCUCUCGAGGAUUGGCUUCACAAUGAUAGUAAGAAGUACGUGAAUUCGGUGUCUCUGAGUUGGGUGCAGAGGGUUCAGAUUGCUCAUGAUGUUGCUGAUGCUCUUAACUACCUUCAUAAUUACACUAGUCCUCCUCAUGUGCAUAAGAAUUUGAAGAGUGGGAAUGUGCUUUUGGAUGGGAAUUUUAGGGCUAAGAUUUCGAAUUUUGGGUUGGCGAGAGCUGUGGAGGAUCGAGGGGAUGAUGGGGGGUUUCAAUUGACGAGGCAUGUGGUGGGGACUCAAGGGUACAUGGCUCCUGAGUAUAUUGAAAAUGGUUUGAUUACUCCAAAGAUGGAUGUUUUUGCAUUUGGGGUUGUGGUUUUGGAGCUUCUUUCUGGGAGAGAGGCUAUUGUUAGGGAUAAGAAUGGAACUGGGCAGCAAAUGCUGUCGGGAAUUGUGAAUCAGGUGCUUGAAGGAGAAAAUGUUAGGGAGAAACUUGGAGGUUUCAUGGAUCCAAACUUGAGGGGUGAGUAUCCUUUAGAUUUGGCUUACUCCAUGGCCGAGCUUGCCAAACUCUGUGUUGCUCAUGACCUCAAUUCCAGGCCACAGAUUUCUGAAGUUUUCAUGACUUUGUCCAAGAUUCAAUCCUCUUCGUUGGAUUGGGAUCCGUCUGAUGAUCUUGAACGGUCUAGAUCUGUUAGCCAAACAUCUGAUAGCAGAUAUAGAUGAGUUUGCAUGGCAGUUGGCAUUGUGGUAUUGCCCAAUUGCUUCUAUAGAACAAGAGUUUUUUUAAAAUUUGUAUAUUAGGAGUUUUCGCUGGCCUCUGUUGUAUCACGUGGAUUGAUGACUGCUACUACACAUUGAAGUCCACCCUUACAAAUUUCAACAUGUUAUUCUUUAACAUAAUUAGUGAUUCAAUAAAUGAUAUUGUCCAAUGAUUAAUGAUGUAUAAACGAGAACGAAUACAGAAAAGGAUUUCAACUUUAUCAUUUUCUGCUUGUCUUGUUUGUUUUCUAUUUCUUCACCUGUAAAAUUCUUUUGAUAUUUUACUUCAGUCUCAAUCUGUGAAAUGUGAUAGUGGAAGAGAACUUAAGCCAAUAAUAUAAAGGUUGUUCUCCAAUAAAUAAUUUACUUUGUUUUUUGUUUA